AUGGCUUUCUCAGUUCUGCGACUGACUGUUGUCCUGGGACUGUGUGCCCUAAUCCUGACAAGCCAGGCAGAUGACAAACCAAAUGAAGAUGGCAACCCAGAUGAGAAAGCAGAUAACCCUCCAAAUGACUCCAGUAAAAAACCAGAGGGAGAUUUCCCCAAAUUCUUAAGCCUCCUGGGUUCAGAGAUCAUUGAGAAUGCCGUGGAUUUCAUCCUUCGCUCCAUGUCCAGGGGAUCAAGUUUUAUGGAACUUGAUGAGGACCCUGGACAGCCAUCUUCAAAAGUGACCUCCUAAGGGCACACCCAUCUGGCAGCUGGACAAAACAAGGACAGCCAGAUCCUGAACAUCUAGUUCUGUUUUACAAACUCGUCCAGAACCUGAGAUAUCAAAGCAGCUCCCAGCAAGUCACC